AUGAGUAGGAGUAUUUCAACGGAUGACGAAGACGAUGAUUCUGACGACGAUUCCGAUGGUUCGAACGACGAUGCGUUGAGCACUGAGAUUGAGAGGGACGAUGACGAGGACAACGAUCGAACACCGGUGGUUUCACGAGAGAACUCCAAUGUACAAACCAAGAAUCGUCCAACGAAUCUGAUCGCGCAGUGGAAGAGUGCGAGUAAAGAGCGCUACAUGAAGAAGACAAACAAAAGCAGUCAUCAUUCAGAUGAGAAGUUGGUGAAUCGCUAUCAAAACCACCACAUGACACACGCUCGUAAUCACGAUCAAAAAGCAGCGUCGGGUUUACUGAAACGUCGUGAGACGGUUGGUGCAUGUGACACAACAAAUGCGUCGUCGUCUUCUUCAUUCAACACACGAAUCUCUGAGCAGCAGCAAUCAACUCGGUCGCAGUUCACCGCAGCGCGACCACUCAAUUCAAUCACUUCAUUUUCAUCGAACGCAUUGUCGGCAGUAUCUUCAGAAUGCGCCAGUGCGAUUUCUUCAAGACAUUCAGAGAUAGAGUUGCCCACCACCACAGCUCAGCUUCAACCGAGUCGUCCAUCAGAUUGCACCACGAUCCCUGCAACACUAACAUCGUCAUCGUCAACACCUUCAAUUCUGAUAGCCGUCGGCAACACGAAGAACCAUCGUCCUCUCGGUAUUGCAUCAUCGAUGCGCAAUGGCAGUCCGAUAACGUCGACACGCAAACAAUAUUUGACAUCGUCAAGCAAUGCUAUCGCAAAUGCUCCGUCAAAUUCAUCUUUAAACGCAAACCCUACGAAUACUAGUCCAACAGUUACUAGUGCUACUAUAUUUCCAGUGAGCACUGGAAAUGUUGUUGAUGAGACUAGUGGCAGAAAGCUUGAUAAAAUUGCAUCACCGAACGACCGAAGUCGUACAAAUCUAUCAGCAGCAACAACGAUCGACUCAAAUCUCGAGCGUCUGCAGCAGUCCAAACCACUUCCAGCUCCACCGGCAUCGCCGCCAAUCGUUUCUGAUCGACGCUUCUGCGCCAGUGUCAGCAACAGUUAUCGCAAAGACCUCGUCGCACAAAUGUCGCCUUCUGACGGCAGUCAGAGUCCGUUGAUCAUUCGAAAAGCUUCUACUGUAAGCAUCACACCGUCGGUGCAUUCAGAAGCGAGUUUAGUAUCGUCUCCAACGCCAAGACGAAAAAUUUCUGCAACAACGAAAACUGGCAACAGUGUCAAUGCGAGUAGAUCGUUCGAAUCAGCAGAUAUGCAGUCGUCGAUCAAAUCAGAUGCAAACAAAUAUGCUGCUGCCGAUAAAAGUGCGUCAAAGAUUUUUGAAACGUUCUUGAAACGAUCGCCAGAUGAGAAGUUCAACAACAACAGCAAUAACAGCAGCGAUCUCUCUGAAACGAGAGAGUCCUUCGAGAGUCGGAAUGAGGAUCGCAAUCUGCAGAUGCCACUAAUCUCAAGCACACCAACACCAUACAGCAGCUAUCGUCUUGAAGCAUCUAACAGUCAACAACAACCCCAGCAAAGCAAAUGUGAUUCAACAGUAAAACAGCAACCUUUGCAUGAGAGUCCUCCAACAGAAACUGAUGCUAGUAAAUCAUUCUUCAGAUCAAUUUCAACUCAACAACAACACUUCGACAAGAACUCACCAGCUCUGCCACGUCCCACAUCUUUAGUCUCGAAUCUUGGCAGUAACAAUUAUAAGCAAUCGCAUACGAACACCUUCCAAACAUCACCGUUACGGCAGCAGCCAACUCGAUGGUCAAGUAAAACGAUCGCACAAAACACUCAAAGUAAUAGCAGUACGAGUAGUAGCAAUAGUAACACAAGCAGUAACACCAGUGGUAUUGGCAGUAACCCGAGCAAUAACAGUUCUCCGAGUUAUACGCCGCAUCUCCUCCAGGAUAACGACUGGAGCGUUGUGACCAGCUCACGACCAUUAUACAGCAGUUAUUCGCCAUUAACACAACUUAUCAGCCAGCCGCCAACGAAGCCU